AUGAGGCAACCCAAAAACCCUAGCCCCCCGCCGUCACCUCACAAGCCAAACCGCAACACCCCCAGACGCCUGGCGCGCCCGUGCGUGCAGCCGCCGCGCGCGGCCACGGUCCCUCCGCUCAACCCGAUGCCGCAGCCGGCGCAGCCCGAGCCCGAGCCGCCGCAGCCCGGCGGCGAGACGCCGCCCAUCCACCGCCUCCUCGAGCUGAUCAAGUCCGAGCCCGACCCCGCCUCCGCGCUCGCCCACCUGGAGCUCCUCGUCUCCACCUGGCCGGCGUACACCCCGCCCCAGCCGCUCCUCUUCCACCUGCUGCGCCGCCUCGCCACCUCCGCCCCGGCCCGCCUCCCGCGCCUCCUCGGCCUCCUCCCGAGCCUCCGCCACCGCCCGCGCUUCUCCGAGCCCGCCGCGCUCGUCGUCCUCUCCGCCUUCUCCCGCGCGCUCAUGCCCGACGCCGCGCUCGCCGCCUUCCGCCGCCUCCCUGCCUUCCUCGGCUGCAACCCGGGCGUCCGCUCCCAUAACGCCCUCCUCGACGCUCUCGUGCGGGCCCGUCGCUUCUCUGACGCCGACGCCUUCUUCACGUCCCUCUCUCAUGGCGCCUUCGGGCGCCGCAUUGCCCCCAACCUCCAGACUUACAACAUCAUCCUCCGCUCCCUCUGCGGACGUGGGGACCUCGACCGAGCUCUGAUGCUCUUCGACUCCCUUCGCCGCCGCGGAGUUGCUCCGGACCGCGUCACCUACUCCACUCUCAUGUCUGGGCUUGUCAAACACAGCCGCUUGGACAUGGCACUUUACCUGCUUGACGAAAUGCCGACCUAUGAAGUGCAGCCUGACGCGGUUUGUUACAAUGCAGUGCUCCGAGGGUGUUUCGGGAAUGGUGAAUUUGAGAAAGCUAUGCGGGUGUGGGAGCAGCUGGUGAGAGAUCCUGGUGCAAGUCCCAACCAAUCCACUUACAAUGCGAUGCUUGAUGGCUUGUGUAAACUUGGGAGGUUUAAGGAGGCGGGUGAGGUAUGGGAGAGGAUGAUUGCAAAUAAUCACCAAGUCGGCAUGAUUACCUAUGGGAUUCUGAUUCAUGGUUUGUGCCGGUCACGGGAUGUGGAUGGUGCAGCAAGGGUAUAUUCAGAGAUGAUCAAGACCGGGCUUGUUCCUGAUGUUGCCAUAUAUAAUUCACUCAUCAAGGGGUUCUGCCAAGCUGGGAGAGUAGGAGAGGCUUGGAAAUUCUGGGACUCUACCAGUGUUUCUGGCAUCCGUAAUGUGAUAACUUAUAAUAUAAUGCUGAAGGGGCUCUUUGAUGGUGGCAUGGUCGAUGAAGCUAGAGAAUUGUGGGAGCUAUUGGAGAAAGACACUUCGUCCUCUCCUGACAUGGUGAGUUUUGGCACUGUGAUCCAUGGGUUAUGUGAGAAAGGCUUUGCUAACAAGGCACUUCAAAUCUUAGUGGAAGCACAGACCAGUGGUAAAAAAUUAGAUGCAUUCUCAUAUUCAUCCAUGAUAAGUGGACUGUGCAAGGAUGGGAGACUAGACGAUGCAGUUAAGUUAUAUGAAAAGAUAUCUAUGGAUGGCUGCAAACUGAAUCCUCAUAUUUACAAUGCACUAAUAAAAGGGUUCUGCCAAGCAUCUAAGUUUAGUGAUGCUGUAAGAAUAUACAGUGAGAUGGCAAACAAUGGUUGUUCUCCUACUGUCAUCACUUACAACACUCUAAUAGAUGGACUAUGUAAGGCUGAAAAGUAUCAAGAUGCUUCAAGCUUUACAAAGGAAAUGUUGGAGAAAGGUUGUAAACUAGAUGUCAAUACUUAUGCUUCAUUGAUUCGUGGCCUUUGUAGAGACAAAAAGGUUGAUGCUGCCAUUGCUCUGUGGAAUCAAAUUCUUGAUAAGGGUCUUCAGGCAGAUGUCAUGAUGCACAACAUCUUAAUCCAUGGUCUUUGUUCUGCUGGGAAAGUAGAUGAAGCUUCGCGUCUUCUCUCUGAGAUGAAAGAGAAGAACAACUGCCGCCCAAAUUUAGUGACCUAUAACACACUCAUGGAUGGAUUUUAUGAAAUGGGUUGUUUUGACAAAGCAGCGUCUCUGUGGACAGCUAUUUUAGAAAAUGGUUUGGUACCCGAUAUAAUUUCAUAUAAUACAAGAAUUAAGGGUCUAUGCUCUUGUCACAGAACACCCGAGGGUGUCCAAUUGUUGGAUGAGGUGCUUGCACAAGGAAUUGUACCAACAGCCAUCACAUGGAAUAUACUGGUCAGAGCUGUCAUCAAAUAUGGACCUAUUCAAAUAUGA